AUGGAAAAGUCCACUCUCGCCGAGGACACCAUCCAGCCCGAUCCCGCGAAAUUCGACAAUUUUGAUGCCAACCCUAAGGAUGAGCUUCAGAUCAAUGUUGGUGGUCGCGGUGCCACCCAGCGACGUCUGCGCAACUAUCAUGUCACCAUGAUCGGCUUCUGCAGUGGUAUUGGUACUGGUUUAUUCGUUGGUACUGGAUCUGCCUAUGCUAAGGCUGGUCCUGCUGGUCUGUUGCUCGCGUACAUCGUUGUAGGAAUGGUACUGUGGGCUGUCAUGCAGAGUAUCGCCGAGCUAGCCACCCUCUUUCCGACCGCCGGUUCAUUCCCUCACUGGGCCACACGCUUCAUCGACCCCGCUGUCGGUUUCUCCCUUGCCAUUUCAUACGGAUAUUGUUACACAAUUGCGAUUGCAUCUGAAGUGAGCGCAGCAGCGGUCAUCGUCUCCUAUUGGAGCGACAUAUCGCCGGCUGUGGUCAUCACAGUUGGGUUGGUGCUGAUAUUGGCAAUCAAUUUGGGAAGUGUCCGGUUUUAUGGAGAAUCAGAAGUUAUUGGAGGAGCCAUCAAGGUCCUCUGCUUCUUGGGAUUGGUGAUCGUGUCUCUUGUUAUCACCUGUGGUGGCGGACCAAAUCACGAAACGAUCGGAUUCCGCUUUUGGAACAACCCUGGUCCGUGGACAAACUAUAACGGUAUUACCGGGCCAGCGGGCCACUUUCUUGGGUUCCUAUCGUCCUUUGUCAACGCCUCAUUCAGUUUUAUCGGUGUCGAGACCGUCGUCAUUUCUGCCGCCGAGUCGGUCGAUCCUCAUCGUGCUAUCCCAAAGGCUGCUCGCCGCGUGACCUAUCGCAUUGCGUUCUUCUACAUCCUCGGUGCGCUCCUAAUUGGAAUCAUUGUUGAUCCACGAACCUCUGCUCUUACCAAUGCUGCUUCCAACGCGAAAGCCUCUCCAUUCGUCAUUGCAAUUACCGAAGCCGGUAUCAGUGUUCUACCGUCCAUUGUCAAUGCUUGCAUUCUGGUCGCUGCCUGGUCUGCGGGUAACUCAUACUGCUGGGUUGGUUCGCGCAUGAUCGUGGCUAUGACCACUGAUCACCAACUUCCUCAAUAUUUCGGCCGCUGCAAUAAGAAGGGUGUCCCGUACGUUGCUGUCAUCGUAUCCUGGCUCUUUGGCCCCUUGGCCUAUCUGAGUCUUGGAACCGGUGGUGCCGCGCAAGCAUUCAACUGGCUACUCAAUCUCAGCACAGUUGCUGGGCUGAUCGCUUGGGCAACGCUCUGCUACUGCUACAUCCGCUUCUAUGCUGGAAUGAAAGCCCAGGGCGUUUCUCGCGAUACCUUGCCCUGGGCCGGGCCAUUUCAACCAUACACGGCGUGGUUCGGCUUCGUUGGCUCAACCAUUAUCACCCUGGUGGCAGGAUUUCCCGUCUUCCUGAAGGGCAACUGGGAUACUUCUAGCUUUGUUGCUUCCUACAUCGGUAUCCCAAUUUUUAUAGUGCCGAUCAUCGCCUGGAAGCUUUGGCAUCGAACCAAGUAUGUGCGGGCCUCUACCAUCGACCUUUGGUCCGGCCGUUUACAGGAAGGCGAGAUUUCGCUUCGCAAACCUCCCAGCACCACAGUCUGGGGACGUUUUGUCGACUGGCUUGUUUAG